AUGUCUGUUAUCCAAAAACACACUCACUCUUUACAAGAACUAAACCCUGAGAAGGAGAGUUGGAAUAUCCUUGCAAGAGUUGUAAGGUUAUGGUUUGUUGAAGAUUACACAAAAGGAAAAACUCCAUUUUCCAUGGAAAUUGUUCUUCAAGACCAAGAGGGUGUACUAAUCCAUGCAUCUGUUAGACGCACAUUGAUAUACAAAUUCCAGUCUGAAAUCAAAGAGGACAAUCUUUCAGUAUUUCAUGUAAUGGUGGUUCUUAUAGAACCACAAAACAUGCCUAUAAGAUCAACUUCCAAUUUGGAACCAAGAUGUGAUUGGGAUGUUUACUGGUGUUGGAACAGAGAGGGAGCUAGAGAAAGCUGUUUGCAACUGGAAUGUACUUUAUUUGGUCAAUAUGUUGAUAUGUUAAAUGCAUUUCUGGCCUCUGGAGAGGAUCAACAUGUUGUCAUUGCUUUGCAUUAUUGCAAAGUGAAGACCUUCCAAGGUAACUAA